CGUGCAGGGACAAAACCGUAAAACAAAACGAAAACCCUACUGCCGCAGCUUAUAACCUGUCGCCGUGCUCCUUUCGCCUCCCUUCUUCCAGCGGCGGCACCGGCACGAAGCAGAGCGAACCACCAGGCCUCAGCGUGCGGUGGACGGCGAGAGCUCUGGCGCCCUAGCCCGAGCUCGCAACCAUGGCGAGGGGAUUGAAGAAGCAUCUGAAGAGGCUCAAUGCACCCAAGCACUGGAUGCUAGACAAGCUCGGUGGAGCCUUUGCUCCCAAGCCAUCAUCUGGGCCUCACAAGUCCAGGGAGUGCCUGCCCCUGAUUCUGAUCAUCAGGAACCGGCUCAAGUAUGCCUUGACAUACCGUGAGGUGAUAUCCAUCUUGAUGCAGCGCCAUGUGUUGGUUGAUGGCAAGGUCAGGACUGACAAGACCUACCCUUCUGGCUUCAUGGAUGUCAUUUCCAUUCCAAAGACUGGUGAGAACUACAGACUUCUCUAUGACACCAAGGGUCGCUUCCGCCUUCACUCUGUUAGGGAUGAGGACGCAAAGUUCAAGCUUUGCAAGGUCCGUUCUGUCCAGUUUGGUCAGAAGGGCAUUCCGUAUCUGAACACAUAUGAUGGGCGCACCAUCCGCUAUCCUGAUCCUCUUAUUAAGGCAAAUGACACAAUCAAGAUUGAUCUGGAGACAAAUAAGAUCGUUGAUUUCAUCAAGUUUGACGUGGGCAAUGUCGUUAUGGUCACUGGAGGGAGGAACACUGGUCGUGUUGGUGUGAUAAAGAACAGGGAGAAGCACAAGGGAAGCUUUGAGACCAUUCAUGUGGAGGAUGCCUUGGGCCAUGCCUUCGCCACCCGUAUGGGCAAUGUGUUCACAAUUGGCAAGGGCAACAAACCAUGGGUGAGUCUCCCCAAGGGCAAGGGUAUUAAGCUCAGCAUCAUUGAGGAGCAGAGAAAGCGGGAUGCUGCUGCUCAGGCUGCUGCGAAUGCUUAAGUAGUUUGCAUAAAGUUUGCUGAAACAUUCAAUGAAAAUAUGCCUUGCAUCCGAGUUUGGGACUGAAAUGUAACCCUUUUAGGCUAGUAGUUAUUAGUAUUUUGAAAUACUCUAGACAUCUAUCUAUCAGGUUAGCAUUAUCUCAUGGCAAGUCAUUACAGAAUGUUUAAUUUGGUUCCAUUCUAGAUUUUGUUGUGCUAUCUUAAUUGCGCUGUUCAAUUUGCAACUUAGAUCAAUGAGUUCCAAGGUUUGGUUUUGUUCUUGACAGCUCAUUUCGUGACGAAGGAAUGAAUUUAUCUGUUCA